UCCGAUAAGUCAAGCUGAAGCAUGUGCAAGGUUAUCAACACGGUCCAGUCGCUCGCCUGGCUGCGCCGUGCCGUGCGACGGUGGUGCUCCCGCGCGUCGGCCUCAGUGCGGCCCAACAAGAACAUGCUGGAAGCCGCGGUGCCGGCGGGGCACGUGGCGGUGCGCGUGGAGGGCCGCGGCGACGGGGAGUCGUCGUCGAGGCGGUUCGUUGUGCCGGUGGCGCAGCUCAGCCACCCGGCGUUCCGGGAGCUCCUCCAGCAGGCGGAGGAGGAGUACGGUUUCCCGUCGGCCUCCGGCCCCCUAGCGCUCCCCUGCGACGAGGACCACCUCCGCGACGUCCUCCGCCGCGUCUCGUCCUCCGACUCCGAGGAGCGUGGCUGCUUCCGCCGCCGCGGUGCCAUGGCCGCGCCGCACGAUGACUCGCGGCCGCUGCUGCAGGGGGUGGCCGCGGAGAAGCUCGUCUCGUGA